CCCGUCCGAGCCGGUAGCCGUUCGUUGCCUUAGCAACGGCGUCUGGCGUCUGGCCUGUGAGUGAGGAGGGGCCGGGCGGGGAGGGAGCGGCUUGGCCCGCUCACCAUGGGCACCAUUAGGGUCUAUUACACCAGCGUCACCGGAUCCAGGCAGGUGAAGCAGAAACAGGCAGAAGUUACUCGAAUUUUGGACAUUAACAAAACAAAGUACGAGUUAAUAGAUGUAUCCAUCAGUGAACAUCUGCUUCAAGAGAUGAGGGCGAAGGCUGGUAAUCCUAAUGCAGUACCUCCUCAGAUAUUCAAUGGUGAUGACUACUGUGGAGUAAGAAAAAAAAUGACUUUGAGAUGUUAUAUGAAGCAACUGAAAAUGAAGAAGUUUGGAAGUUUCUGAAGAUGGCAUCAAUAGACAAGCCUGCAAGAGAGGAAAUUGCUGUCUAAUGGGUGUAUCCAGAUCUGAACUCCAACAAUGCUUCAAGAACCAAAUCUACUAAAUAUAUUUAUUUAUUGUUUUGUUCAUUAUUCAGGGUAAAUAAAUCUUAUGUAUUUUUGUGUUUUAAUAUUAAAGUAUAGCAGAUUCAGGUCGUCUUUGAUAGACUACACAUUGUACCAUUCAAAAGCAGUUUUUCAACCCAACUAGAAGAUAGAUGUCCUCAAGGCUUCUAAACCUCUUUUGUUCUGAAAGCCAACUUACGUUUUCCAUGUUUCUCAGAGGUCUUUUAUUAAACAAAGUAGUUCAUACAUAUCUUCUUUAGACCUCUGGCAUGAGGCGAGCUUUUUCUCUAAUACAUCAUACCUAGAAAGAUUAUAUUGUUAGAUUCAUUGAGCAGUUUUAUUUAUGUGGGACAUUCAAUAAAAGGCAACGAGUAUAGUAAUUAUUAAUCA